AUGACAGACUACCUAAAGCCUAUUGCUGAAGAAGAGAGAAGAAUAGAGGCUGAAGAGAAAAAGAAACGUGAAGAACUUGAGCGGAUUGCGAAAGAGCUUGCAGAAGCAAGUGAAGAGUCCAUACUGAAAUGA